UAAACUUUACCAAAAGACCAAGGUCAUUCUGGGGAAAUUCUUCUCUGAAGUCUCAAGGGAGGAUUCAUUUUUGAAUGGAAAGACUGACAUCAUACACAUUUCAGCUCCCAAUGGACACAGUGUUAAGAGUCGAUCACAGCAAAGAUAGAAGAAUGUCGUCAUCAUCUUUUUGUCGACAUCAUCAUGAAGACUCUCUGCUUCACUCUGGGGCUGCUGCUGCCCACCGCCUGCUGCUACAAUGCAAUGUGUUGUAGACUGUACACUGUGAAUUGUGUGAAGAACUUCAAUGCUUUUUCCACUGACUAAAAAUUAACCAAGAUGUAGAUAAGAUAAACGCUAAGAAGAGUCUUGUUUUCUGUGGUCCCGGAGAUGAUUUUAAUCUUUACAACAAAUCUGUGGUCUGGCCCUUUACUGAAAGUGUUUCUUCACAGUGGAAAGCUGAGGCGGUGGGGAAAUCCUUGCCUGAUGACCUGGAUUUGUUUUGGAUGGAAACACAUUUCAGCUCCACAAUAAAUAGUAUUUAUAUCAGACGUAGUGCUAAGAGUCGAUCACAGCAAAGACAGAAGAAGAACAUCGUCAUCAUCUUUUGGCCGACAUCAUCAUGAAGACUCUCUACUUCACUCUGGGGCUGCUGCUGCUCACCGCCUGCUGCUGCAACGCCAUGCCCAAAGGUCUGCAGUUAGCACCCGGAAACUGCUGCUUCAAGUUUUACACUCGGGGGUUACCAUUAAAUCUCGUAUCGGGCAUAACCAAGACCCACAGCUCCUGUCAGCAGAAGGCAUUCAUAGUUCAAUAUUAUACAGGAAGACAGAUCUGCUACCGACAAACUUUCCAGUGGGCUCUGAAUGUCUACAAUCAGCUCCACAACACUGAGAGCAGCGGUCAGCUGCAAUGAAGACGUACUUUUGUAUAAUAAACCAAUGUCUGGUUUUGCAGGAAAGGAUGAGAUGAGAACAGGGGUUCCGCAGGGUCUUAAAAAGUCCCAAUUUUUCUUUUUCAAAAUCAAAAUUUAAGGCCUUAAAAAGUCUUGUAUUCUAGGUCUUAAUUAAUUUUAAACAGGUCUUAAUUUUCCUAUGUCCAUGUAGUGCUACCUCUAAUGCUCAUUGAAAUGCACCCCCAGCGCUUUAGAAUGUUUUUUCCUCCCGUGAUGUAAUUUACUGUUUUACGACUACAAAGACCAACAGGCAGCUUAGAGCGAGUCUCUUUUGAAAAAUCGCCUUCUUGAAUCAAAAUAUGUCAUUCCCGUGAAUCGUGUUGAUCGUUCCUUCCUCUCCUAAUUCUUCAAAGGACAUCUACCUGACAGGUGCUGUUACAGUGCGGAGUGUGUGGGCGAGCGAAUGUGAGAGUGACAGAAAGUGACGGUGAAAAUUAGCGGAGGAAAAUAUUAGCAUUAAUUUGUCAGGUUACAGCUCUGUCCUGUACACAUACGAUACAUCUUGAUAGUUAAAAUAAAUUAAAAAGAAGGGACGGUGUUGAACACGGAGGAGCUGUCACAUUUUAAGCUUAUGAGAUUAUUCUUUAGAAUUUUAAUGUACAAAUGAAAUGCUUGGUAAUUAUACAGAACCGAGGUGGUCUCACGUUGUCUGUUUUUUUUAUGUUUAUUACUUCAAAUAUAAAAAACAGUAAAUUAAGACACAAAAGGCAAACAUGAACAGUCUUAUCGGCAAUUCUGAGGUCAACAGGUUAACAGGAUUUCCCCUGUCUUUAUAAGGUUUAGGUUGUGAGGCUCAAAACAGCUUGGGCCUGUGCCAUGGAUGGAAAAUAUUGUGUAAAGCAUCAAACUAACCAAAUGACUUUUCCCAGAUCUAAUGGUAAUUCCUCCACAGUAGACUUCUUUAGCAAGUUUAGCUUUUGGGGUGUAGUUUAUUCAAAAUCGGCUCUAGAUUUUCCAACUUAUUAUUCACAGAUAUAACAUCCUUUAUUUUCUUCUCAGAAUACACCAGAAUGCUUUGUUUGCAAACAUGUCACCUUUUUCAUCCCUGCUGAGUUUACAUGUAUGUGUUUGUAGGGCUGUCCCCGACUAAGGAUUUACAUAUACAAAUCAGAAGUCCUGCCAAUAGUCGACUGAUAGUCGAAUCAUGUGUUUUUGUGCCCGGCGAUUGUGAAACUGUCUUGAAAAGUCUUAAAUAUGAUUAGGUGAAACCUGCAAGAAACCCAGCAGUGAGCUACAAGAAGCUUAAUAGCACCAUAGAGCUGCAGAUUUGGCAAAUCAUUUUCUGCAUAUUCAUCAGUGCAAAAACCAUCUUUCACAUUACAACUAGUCAUUUGAGUCACCGUUCAUCUAAAAUACACAUCGUUAAUCAUAACCAUGUAUAAUCUGCAACUAUACAUAUAGUACGCACAAGAUAUUUAACACAUUGUACUGUAUUGUAUUGUAUUGUAUAAACCACAGAAUUACAUCACAUAAAACAUG